AUGGCCCAGCAAAGUAUGAAAGUGAGGCCUGUGCUUCUGAAACGUAACAGUCUAGAGUCUGUGGAGCUGGUGAAGCAACCUCACCACCGCAGGAGCAAAUCUCAGCAGGUCCGAUUCAAGGAAGAUGGCACCAGUAAGACUCCACCUGGCCUAGCUGAGGUGGACGUCCAGAUGUCCGAGGACCCGGCUGUAAUGGGCAAGACUCAGGCCUCCAGGCACCAUCACCUCCCCACCUACUCACUCUCCUUUCCCAGGUCCCAGAAGGCAGGGGGCUUUCGGAACAUCGCGAUCCAAACGUCCCCCAGUCUCAGGAAGCAUUUCCCGGUUUUUAAAAGGAAGAGACUCACAGCCAGCAAGUCCCUGGUGGAAAUGCCAACAGCAUCCCAAGAUGCCAUCCAGGUGAACGGCAAUCUCUCUGAGCAGGACAUUGUGUCCUCUGACCUUGCCUACUUACGGCUGGCUCAGCAUCUUGAGGAUGGGCCUCGAAGGGUCAAGGUGUCCCACCCGUUUCUCCCUAGAAUGUCCAAGGCGCAAAGCAAUGGGCCUGUAAGCAUAUGCUUUGAAGCUGGGACGUGGAGAGCCUUGGAGAAAGUAACAGCUGCCAUUCAGGUCCCAGAUGAUAUUUACCACAGUCCUACCUGGGGAGGAAGGGAGUCUACUUUGAGCCCAGACGGGUCUGCUGAGAUUAGCAACUCCAUACCCCCUUUGGUUGACCGGCGUCCAGGUGACGGAAGAAGAGAGCUGCCACCAGAUUCAGAAAGAACCCCCCCCUGCUUAAAUGCCCCCAGGAGAGCCAAUCACACGCCUGGCACAGGGAAACUGCAACCUGAACUGCUUUUGCCCAAAGAUAACUCCGAUGACAAAGACCUUGGCCCUCUGUCAUCUAGGUCAACGGAAAGGUGUGCUCCCUCACAUCCACGGACUCACAGCUCCCCUCCUCCUGGCUCCCGCAGUCAGCCAGCCCACCCAGGGGGGGCUUCAGACUGUUCUUCAUCCAGUAACAACUACCAGGAUCUGCAGUCACUCCAAACUAACAGUGAGUCAGAAUUUGGCCCUGUGUUCCAGGAGCAGACAGCAAAGAACCCCAUUAAGUCAGACAUCCCAGAGCUUCAGAACUGUCCAGGAAGCGGUUACCUCCCCUCCUCUCUCCCGAAAAGGGAGACCAAGCAGCAGAGAGCGACUGGUGGGAUUAACCCAGUUCACCUGGCGCAGGGAGAGCUCUGUGACCUCCAGGGCAGGCUGCAAUCUGUGGAGGAGUCUCUGCACUCAAACCAAGAGAAAAUUAAAGUCCUUUUGAAUGUAAUUCAAGACUUGGAGAAAGCUCGAGCUCUCACAGAAGGGCGCAACUUUUAUCGAACUGGCCAAGAUCUCAACAACUGCAGUACCUGCCAGAACACGGCGUGCAUCAUAUACAGUGUAGAAUAUGAUUUCCGGCAGCAGGAAGGCAGGUUCCACGAAGUUCUACAGAGUCUGGAGGAAGCGGAGCCAGCUGAGGAGGCCUCUCCCCCACCAAAGUCUCCAGCAGAGCCUCCAGUUCCCGAGAAACAGGACUUAAGGCGGAAAACCAAGAAGGUGAAGAAGAAGUGCUUCUGGUGGAUCUGA